AUGGGACUAUUUACAAAAGAAAAUGAAGAUAUCCUUAUUAUGGAAGAAGCUGUUGCCAAUUAUUAUACAUCUGCACAACUGCACUUUCUAUUUGUACAACUUAUAUUAGAUGGUGCUGUAGCUCUUAAACUGUGUGAAAA